GGAGCGAUUUUGCGGUAGCGCCCGUUAUCCCAGCGCUAACGACACGUCGACCCUCGGGCCGCGGGGAUAAUAAUAAUAAUCCGGAGUUAAAAUGUCCAGCUCGGUGAUUUCGGUCAUCUCCAGGUUCCUGGAGGAGUACAGGUCCAGCACGUCCACGAGGCUGAAGGUGGUGGACGCGUAUCUGCUGUAUAUCCUGCUGACGGGCGCGCUGCAGUUCCUCUACUGCCUGCUGGUGGGAACUUUCCCCUUCAACAGCUUUCUGUCCGGAUUCAUCUCCUGCGUGGGCUCCUUCAUCCUGGCAGUUUGCCUGCGAAUCCAAAUCAACCCUCAGAACAAAGGCGAAUUCUUAUCCAUCUCACCAGAAAGAGCCUUCGCCGACUUCCUUUUUGCCCACACCGUGCUUCAUCUUGUCGUCAUAAAUUUUGUUGGUUGAGGAAAAGUCUUUGAUGUCCUGGAUGAUGUGAUUGACUGAAGGAAAAGUGACCAAGUUUUACAUGCACCUUUUAACUGAUGAGCCACAAAGACUGAAGAACGACUGACUGAAGAAGGAAACACAUUGCACACUGACUUUACACUACCCCACCACAUUUCACAUCAAUUACUUACUCUUUCUUAGGUUCUGGAUAUGAACUGUAUCUACAACAGUGUUAUUUUUGAACAUGUCUGAGGGAGGAGACGUGAAUAAUUAUGUUCAGACUCUGUGUUAUCUGUCCACAUCAGCAAUAAUUAAUGAAAUAAAUUCUUUUUUGUAAUAAUAGCACUUUUAUUUGGUGGGAAUCCAAUGUAUUUUUCAUCUUUACAAAUAAAUAACAAACUAACUGAA